GGGAGUAGCUUCGCCUUCUCUUUCCAUAAGCGGGGAGCGUCUGUGGGGUUCCCUCUCUUCGCCCUGGGGCCGCAACCCGUUCGCUCUUCGGGCCGCCUGAGCAGAGAGGAGGAGAUCUGCGCCUGGUAAUCUGAAGGGAAAAAAUGUCAUCUGACUCCAGCAAGAAACGGAAGCCCAAGGUUAUUCGCACGGAUGGAGGACCACAGGAGGGCAAGAGAAGCAGGACAGAUGUUGAUCAGGAUGCCAAAUACUACAGUGAGGAGGCAGAAGUGGAUCUGCGAGACCCCAAUAAAGACUAUGAACUUUAUAAGCAGACAUGCCAGGACCUUCAGAAGCUUAUGGCAGAGAUCCAGGAGCUGAAAAGCAAAGGCAACAAAGACUGCGCUGCUGAGAUAGAGGAACGUCGCAUCCAGAGCUGUGUGCACUUCAUGACCCUGAAGAAACUCAACCGUUUAGCUCACAUUCGCUUAAAGAAGGGGAGGGACCAGACUCACGAGGCCAAACAGAAAGUGGACGCUUAUCACCUGCAGCUUCAGAACCUGCUGUAUGAAGUCAUGCACCUGCAAAAGGAGAUCACGAAAUGCCUGGAGUUCAAAUCCAAGCAUGAAGAAAUUGAGCUGGUGAGUGUGGAGGAGUUUUACAAAGAAGCCCCUGCAGAAAUCAGUAGGAUGGAGAUCACAAGAGGAGAUCCUCACCAGCAAACUCUCUCCCGUCUUGAUUGGGAGCUGGAGCAGCGCAAACGGUUGGCGGAGAAAUAUAAAGAAUGUCUAGCCAACAAAGAGAAGAUUCUGAAAGAGAUAGAAGUGAAGAAGGAAUAUCUGAGCAAUCUUCAGCCCCGCCUCAAUAGCAUUAUGCAGGCUUCUCUCCCUGUCCAAGAGUACCUCGCAAUGCCUUUCGACCAGGUGCACAAGCAGUAUGAGACAGCCAGACACCUCCCACCGCCUCUCUACGUUCUCUUUGUCCAAGCUAGUGCCUAUGGCCAGGCCUGUGAUAAGAAGCUGGCUGUUGCUAUAGAAGGAAAUGUGGAGGAAGCUAAAGCUCUCUGCAAACCCCCAGAGGACUCGCAAGAUGAUGAGAGUGAUUCAGAUGCAGAGGAGGAGCAAACUACGAAACGCCGUCGCCCGACACUGGGAGUGCAGCUGGAUGACAAGCGCAAGGAAAUGCUCAAGAGGCAUCCUCUGUCGGUCACCAUUGACCUGAAAUGCAAAGAUGGCAGCGUGCUCCUCUUGACCUUCUACUAUUUGAUGAACCUCAAUGUCAUGACAGUUAAAGCAAAGGUGACUGCGGCUGCUGAGAUGACCAUGCCAAUCAGUGCUGGAGACCUGCUGUCCCCUGAUUCCCUUUUGAGCUGCUUGUAUCCAGGUGAUCAUGGGAAGAGAACUCCAAAUCCUGCCAACCAAUUCCAGUUUGAUAAAGUUGGUAUCCUGACCCUGAAUGAUUAUGUGAUGGAGCUGGGCCACCCUUAUGUGUGGGUGCAGAAGUUGGGGGGCCUUCAUUUCCCCAAGGAUCAGCCCCAGCAACCCGUGAUAGCCGAUAGCUCUCUGAGUGCCAGCCACAUGGAGAGGACCAUGAAGUUGCUCAAGAUGAGGCUGGAGUCUCGCCUGGCUCUGCACAAGCAAUUUGCUUCCCUUGAGCAUGGGAUUCUGCCUGUUUCCAGUGAAUGCCAGCACCUCUUUCCUGCAAAGAUCGUGUCACGUUUGGUGAAGUGGAUUGCCCUCACAUAUGAGGACUACCUGGAGCUGUCCUACACCAAAGAUGUUGUGGAGGCUGGUUUGGCUGAGGACACUCACCUGUAUUACAUGGCAUUAAUCGAAAGAGGGACAGGCAAAGUGGAAGAAACUUACUACUCAAAGCCCCCCUUCCCCCAAAUGGUAGCACAGCCUGUAAUUGUAGGAGAUGAGGCUCCUUCUGAACAGGCCUUGAUGUGUUCAAGACUCUUCUCCCCGUCCCAGUUCUCAAAAUCCAAACUCCAAGCCGCUGUGGUGCUGAACCCAGGGUACUCUUUUGUGCCGCCUGUCUUUAGCCUGUGCCUGAACUGGAAGGGAGAGAAGACCAACAGCAAUGAUGACAACAUCCGGUCCAUGGAGAGUGAGGUCAAUGUAUAUUACAAGGAGCUGUGUGGCCCCAAGCCAGGCUACCAGCUCCUGACCAACCAGCUGCAACGCUUGUGUGUCGUCCUGGAUGUCUACCUAGAGACGGAAACCCACGACAACAGUGUGGAGGGGCCCAAGGAGUUUCCACAGGAGAAGAUGUGUCUGCGCCUAGUCAGGGGGCCCAGCCGGAUGAAACCUUUCAAGUUCAACUAUCCUCAGGGGUUCUUCAGCCAUCGUUGACCCUUGUUGCUGGGAUCCUCUACACAGCUGCCUCCAAGGAGAGAGACUCUAUUUGGAAUUCUUCACUGACUUAUGUCCAGCUGCCUCUUGCCCAAGCCACACCAGAGAUUCCUUCUCAUCUGCCACUUUGGCUCAACCAUUCCAUUGUCAGUUCUUGGAAACGGGGUUAUCUUUCAAGUAUUAAAACAGAGAGAAAGACUCCUAAAUCCUAUGUGUAA